AUGCUGCGAGUUUCUGCCUUCCGGCUGCUAGGACGCAGGGGGGCGAGUAGGGUCUCGCUCUCGGAGGACUUUAGCUUACGCCACUACAGCUCGGGCCCUCUUGGUGUCCGCGACGAUACCCGCGACUCGCGCGCCUACUUUACCACACCCAUUUUCUACGUGAACGCAGCGCCGCACAUCGGGCACCUGUACUCCGCGCUACUGGCGGACGCCCUGUGCCGACACCAUCGCCUCCGAGUUCCCAGUGACGCCGCCACGGGAUUCUCCACGGGUACCGAUGAGCACGGCCUGAAGAUUCAGCAGGCAGCCGCCGCCGCGGGCCUGGCUCCGUCCGAGCUGUGCGACAGAGUCUCUGCCCAGUUCCAGCAGCUUUUCCGGGAGGCUGACAUCUCUUCCACCGACUUCAUCCGCACCACCGAGGCCCGGCACCGGAUAGCUGUGCAGCAUUUCUGGGGGAUGCUGAAGGCUCGGGGUCUUCUCUACAAGGGCCUCUAUGAAGGUUGGUAUUGCGCCUCCGACGAGUGCUUCCUGCCUGAAGCCAAGAUCACCAGGCAGCCCGGCCCGUCGGGGGAUUUGUGUCCUGUAUCUCUCGAGAGCGGACACCCGGUCUCCUGGACCAAAGAAGAAAACUACAUUUUUAGGCUUUCCCAGUUCCGGGAGCCGCUCCAGCAGUGGCUGCGGGGCGACCCUGAGGCCAUAAAACCGGAGCCAUUCCAUCACACAGUCCUUCAGUGGUUGGAGGAGGAGCUGCCGGACCUAUCGGUCUCUCGAAGGAGUAGCCACUUGCACUGGGGCAUUCCGGUGCCCGGGGACGAUUCACAGACCAUCUACGUAUGGCUGGAUGCCUUGGUCAACUACCUUACUGUAAUUGGCUACCCAAACGCUGAGUUCAAAUCUUGGUGGCCGAACACUUCUCAUAUCAUAGGCAAGGACAUUCUCAAAUUCCAUGCUAUCUAUUGGCCUGCCCUCCUCUUAGGGGCCGGCAUGAGCCCACCACACCGCAUCUAUGUCCACUCCCACUGGACAGUCUGUGGUCAGAAGAUGUCCAAGAGCUUGGGUAACGUGGUGGAUCCCAGGACUUGUCUUGACCGCUAUACGGUGGAUGGCUUCCGCUACUUUCUUCUUCGGCAGGGUGUCCCCAGCUGGGAUUGUGAUUACUAUGAUGAAAAGGUGGUUAAGUUGUUGGAUUCCGAGCUGGCAGAUGCUUUGGGAGGUCUCCUGAACCGAUGUACGGCCAACAGGAUCAAUCCUUCCGGGAUCUAUCCGGCUUUCUGCACUACUUGCUUUCCCAGUGAGCCAGGCUUGGUGGGGCCAUCAGGUCGUGCUCAGGCAGAGGACUAUGCUCUAGUGAGCGCAGUGGCCACUUUGCCCAAGCAGGUAGCAGACCACUACGAUAACUUUCAGAUCUAUAAGGCUCUGGAGGCAGUGUCCAGCUGUGUCCGGCAGACUAACGGCUUUGUCCAAAGGCAUGCGCCAUGGAAGCUGAACUGGGAGAGCCCCGUGGAUGCUCCCUGGCUGGGUACUGUGCUUCAUGUGGCCUUGGAGUGUUUGCGAGUCUUUGGAACUCUGCUCCAGCCUGUCACCCCAAGCCUAGCUGACAGGCUGCUGUCUAGGUUGGGGGUUUCUUCCACAGAGAGGAGCCUUGGAGAGCUCCAUUUCUUGUCUCGAUUCUAUGGACAUCCAUCACCUUUUGAAGGAAGGAGACUGGGACCUGAAACUGGGGUUUUGUUUCCAAGACUGGACCAGUCUAGGUCCUGGCUGGUAAAAGCCCACAAGACCUAG